AUGGCUAUUGAUCCUCAACCCAGUUCGCCCUCGCUGUCCUCCGAGACUAUUGCCAACGACACUAUCGGCAAUGACAACAAUGUCAACGAACCCAGCGUCGAGCCAAAGACACAGGAGCAUCAGCAUACAGUACCACCUCGACUCUCUCGAAUUUAUAGUCAAGCGCACCAUAUCAGCAAGUCAUUCAUCGAUCAAAACUACCCAGGAGAAGGUACAACACAAGCUCCGUAUCGUAUCAACUUCCUCCCCGACGAUUCCCAAAAUGCACAGCUGCUCCCCCGAUGGAAGAAGUGGGCGUUUGUCCUCCUCCAAUCUCUAGCAUGUCUCGCAACUACAUUUGCUAGUUCAGCGUACUCGGGCGGUAUCAAGCAAGUCAUUCGCGCGUUUGGCAUCUCUCAAGAAGUCGCCACGCUUGGAAUCUCGCUCUACGUUCUGGGUUUCACGUUUGGACCUUUGGUCUGGGCGCCCUUGUCGGAGCUUUACGGGCGCAAGAAGGUCUUCUUCUUCACCUUUAUGGUUGCAACGGCAUUCAGUGCUGGGGCAGCCGGAGCAGGUUCCAUUGCUUCUUUGCUGGUUUUGCGUUUCUUGACUGGAUCUAUUGGCUCUGCGCCUCUUUCGAAUGCCCCGGCGUUGAUUGCGGACAUGUUUGACAAGUCGGAGCGAGGCUUGGCUAUGUGCAUGUUCUCGGGAGCCCCUUUCCUGGGACCAGCCAUCGGUCCUAUCGCUGGAGGCUUUCUUGGCGAAACUGCAGGUUGGCGUUGGCUCCACGGGCUCAUGGCCGCCUUCACUGGCGUCACCUGGAUUGCAUGCACCGUCUUCAUCCCAGAGACAUACGCACCGUACAUCCUGCGCAAGCGCGCCCAGCACAUGUCCAAGCUUACGGGCAAAGUGUACAUCUCAACUCUCGACGCAGACAAGCCACCAAGCUCGGCUGCUCACCAGCUCAAGAACGCAUUGACCAGACCUUGGCUGCUGCUGUUCAAGGAGCCCAUCGUCUUCAUCACUUCCAUCUAUAUCUCCAUCAUCUACGGCACCAUGUAUAUGUGCUUUGCCGCGUUUCCCAUCGUGUUUCAGCAGGGGAGAGGCUGGAGCCAGGGUAUCGGUGGCCUUGCCUUCACUGGUAUUGUUAUCGGUGUUAUUCUGUCUAUUAUCAGCUUCGCUUUUGAAGACAAGCGUUACGCUCGUGCUGCUCGGAGGAGAGGUGCCCCGAUGGAACCUGAGGAUAGAUUGCCACCAGCCAUUAUGGGCUCUCUGCUCAUUCCCAUCGGUCUGUUCUGGUUCGCCUGGACAACCUUUCCCAGUAUCCAUUGGAUCGUCCCCAUUAUCGGUACUGUAUUCUUUGCCUGGGGUCUUGUGCUUGUCUUCAUGGCGCUCCUAAACUAUCUCAUUGACUCCUACGUCAUCUUUGCUGCGUCAAUCAUGGCAGCCAAUUCUGCUCUGAGAUCACUUUUUGGUGCCGCUUUUCCUCUGUUCACAAGACAAAUGUACGAUGGCCUCGGAGUUCAGUGGGCUAGCUCCAUCCCAGCCUUCCUUGCCCUGGCAUGUGUCCCCUUUCCCUUCCUCUUCUACAAGUACGGACGCCAGAUCCGGAUGAAGUGCGAGUACGCUGCAGAGGCUGCCAACGUCCUUCAGAAGAUGAGGUCACUUCAUGUCGCUGUGACUGAAGAUGACGCCAUGAACGAGGCUGAGGAGAUGUGGAGGGCUAGAACGCACAACAGCCACGCAUCGGCUGCUCAUAGCCACGGUCAUCGUCAAUCUCUGAGCUACACUCGCUCUGCUUGA